ACUGCACCCGAACCGAGCCGGGCACAGCCGAUUGGAGCCGAGAGCCCCGGGACCGCCCGCGCUGCUGCAUGGCCGGGAAGAAGCUGAUCGUGGUGUUCGGGGCCACCGGGGCCCAGGGCGGCGCCGUGGCCCGGGCGCUGCUGGACGAUGGGAGCUUCAAGGUGCGCGCCGUGACCCGGAGCCCCAGGAAGAAGGAGGCGGAGGAGCUGAGGCGCAGGGGAGCCGAGCUGGUGAAGGCAGAUCAGGACGAUGAGGCAUCGCUGGAGCAGGCCUUGGCCGGUGCCUACGGAGCCUUUAUUGUCACCAACUUCUGGGAACACUGCAGCAAGGAGAAGGAAAUCGAGCAGGGACGGCGCCUGGCUGAUCUGUCCAAGCGCCAGGGCCUGCAGCAUGUGGUGUUCAGCGGCCUGGAGAACGUGCAGCAGCUGACAGGGGGGCAGCUGGAGGUGCUGCACUUCGAUGGCAAAGGCGUGGUAGAGGAGCACUUCCAGAAAAUCGGGGUUCCCACCACCAUCAUCCGCCUGCCCUUCUACUUUGAGAACUUCCUCUCCAUCUUCAAGCCGCAGAAGGCCCUGCAGGGAGACGCCUUUGUGCUGGAGCUGCCCAUGGGGGACACCCCCAUGGAUGGGAUGGCUGUGGAGGACCUUGGGCCCGUUGUACUUUCCCUGCUGAAGUCCCCAGGGGAGUACAUUGGCCGGGUGAUAGGACUCAGCACGGGCAAGCUCACCGAGGCAGAGUACGCUGCCAUCCUCUCCCAGCAGACGGGCAAGACUGUGACAGCCAGCAAGAUCUCCCCUGAGGAGUACGAGAAGCGGGACUUCCCUGGGGCCCAGGAGUUGGCUGCCAUGUUCCGUUUCUACGCCCGGAAGCCAGACCGCAACGUGGCCCUGACCAUGAAGCUGAACCCCAAGGCCCGCACCUUCCAGCAGUGGGUGGGGGACAACAAGCACGCCUUCUGAGCCUCCCCUCCCUCCUCUGCCUCCCUGCUUUCUGCAGCAG